AUCCUCUUUUCUUGUAGAUCCUUCUCUUUAAAAACCCUCUAUUUCUUGACCUCUUCUUAAUUUCCUCAUAAUAUCAAUAGCCUAGAGUAAAGAAAACCCUUGAUUGCUUCCAACUUGUUCAUCACCAAGCCAAGCUCCAUGUUCUAGUCGCUCCCUAGAAUACUAAGCUUACAAUCAAUUUGUUCAAACUAGUUGGUUCCUUCCAAGGUCUUGUACACAUACGUACCACAAACACGGGUUGUUCUUUCUGUGUGUGUGUGUGCGCGCGCGUGAAUUGUAAAAGUGGAUCGAAGGUAUGGAAAGGGAUUGGGUCCACCGGAAACGUCGGCGGCGGAGAACCCUUCUUGGAACGAGUCAGAUGUCACCGCCAUGAUCUCCUCUCUAAGUCGUGCCAUCGAGUAUCCAACAGCCGACGGACACGACCCGGUCAAAGAAGAGCUUGAUAAAUCGGAUCAACUACAACAAGACCAAGAUCAACCAAGAAAAAGACACUAUAGAGGGGUAAGGCAGCGACCAUGGGGAAAAUGGGCGGCCGAGAUCCGUGACCCAAAGAAAGCAGCCCGUGUAUGGCUCGGAACUUUCGAGACAGCAGAAGACGCCGCUUUAGCCUACGACCGAGCCGCCCUCAAAUUCAAAGGCACCAAGGCUAAACUCAACUUCCCUGAACGUGUUCAAGGCCCAUCAACCACAAGCUAUGUUGCAUCUCAAUCUGGCACUGAUCAUGCCCCAAGAGGAGGUAGUGAGUUAAUGAACUCACCUCCUCAGCUUGGUCCAUCAUCUACUACUACCACUACUACCUCGUGGCCAGUGAAUUAUAACCAGGACAUACUUCAGUACGCUCAGUUGCUUACAAGUAACAAUGACGUUGAUUUGUCUUACUACACGUCAAGUCUCUUCAGUCAGCAGCAGCAGCCUUUCUCAACGCCAGCUUCGUCUUCUUCUUCCUCCUUAGCUUUCCAACAAACGCAGCAGCAACAACAGCAGCAGCGUGAAGACGAGAAGAGCUAUGGUUACCACUAUUAUAACUACCCAAGAGAAUAAUACAGUUAUUAUUGCCUGUCGAAUAAGUUUUAUAAAUCUCUACUGUAUUUUCAUUUCGGUUUUUACUUCCGUAACCGACGUUGCACCAAAAAUGAAUGAACGAGACGCAUGUGUAUCGUUUUUUUUUCGUUUUUUCUUCGUUUUUUCCUUAAUUGUUAGUAUGAUUUGGAUUUGUUGAAGUUCAAUUUUGACACAUGUAAUUCCUAGAA